UCAGUGUUCGCCGCCAGAGAUCGAUCGCUAGCACUAGCCACAGAUGCGUGACGAGGGCAUGUCGCUCCCCGCCGCGGCACUCGCAAUGGCGGUGGUAUCUAGCAUGUGUCUUUCAGAUCACGCGACCGCGUUCGUGCAGGUCCCACCUCUGUGGUCCCAGCAACAGCAGCAGCAGCAGCGCCUUGCGCCGGCCGCGCAGCAACGUCAAGGUUUGGUGCGGCCUCGAUCGACAGCCACAACGGCGUCUAUGACGGAGGAAGCCUUAGGUGGCAGUGCCAGCGGUCUUCCUCGGGUGCUGUGCCACGGCGAGAUUCUGUUCGACUGCAUCGCUAAUCCGGAGGCCGCCGGCUGGGAGCUGGGCAGGGUCGAACAGAGCGCCGCGUGGACACCGUAUCCGGGGGGGGCUCCUGCGAACGUGGCCUGCGCGCUGGCCAAGCUGGGCGUCCCUGCGAGCUUCGUGGGCGCGGUCGGCCGGGAUGAAGACGGCGACAAGCUCCUGCAGGUGCUGGAGUCAUCGGGAGUCGGCACGGAGCUAGCCGCCAGGGUCGACGACCGCCCGACUAGAACGGUAAUGGUUACGAGGGGCGAGGACGGUGACCGGACGUUCGCUGGGUUCGGUGGCGGAAAGGCGUCCGACUCUUUUGCCGACUGCGAGCACAGGCUGUCGGAGUCGGAGGAAAUGGCGAAGGGUCUGCUUGAGCCGGGGUCCUGGCUGGUGCAAGGGACACUCGGGUUGGCCUACCCAGGGUCCUACGAGAGCCACGUCUGCCUGGCUGAAUGGGCGAAGGAGGCCGGGGCUGUGCGGUACCUCGACAUCAACUGGCGGCCGGUAUUCUGGGAGCUCGCGGCGGGAGGGGACGGGGGUGAUGACUACGAGUCGCUGGCGAGGGAGCGCAUCAUGGACUUUUCCCUCACCGCGGACGUGGUGAAGCUCACGGACGAGGAGGCGGAGUGGCUGUGCGGGAUUCCCGGCGAGGUGGCGCUUCGAGACCCGCCUUGUCUGCAGAGGUUCUUUCCGGCGGCUAAGGCAAUCCUCGUCACGGCAGGGGAAAAGGGAGCGGCGUACGCCAUGGGGGGACAGACGGGGUUCAUCCCCGUAUUCGAAGGCCUGAAGGUGGUGGAAACCACGGGAGCCGGGGACGCCUUCUCGGCCGGCUUCAUCUCCGAAGCGAUCAAGCUCUUGUCUUCGGAAGAAGCCGGCUUGUCGCCAGCGGGUUUGGAGGGUAUUGGGGGGAGAGCGAGAGACAUGGUUCGGUUUGCUUCGGCUGUGGGCGCCCUGACGUGCUGCGGGGACGGCGCGAUCAAGCCCCAGCCGCUCCACGGCGAUGUACUAGCGCUGCUGCAGCAGUCUAGCGUGGGUUCGGAGUGAUGAUGGCGGAAGGGGUGACUGGCAGUCUUGUGGCGAACGAUUGUCGUUCUGUUUUUUUUUUUUUUGUCUGGUUGGUGGCGCAUGCGUACAACAAGGGCCGCUGCGAUCCGUUUUGUAAGUGUGUGUGCUGCGCGGUUGGGGGCUAAGCUGUGGCAGUUCGCCUGCGACAAGGCUGUGCCUCGUGCCUGCCGAUCUGCGCACGGGUCAACAUCGCCUUUCACCCAUCGCCGCUGGUGUAUUGUGCUGGGUCUAUCUCUUGUGCCACGUCCUUUUUUUUGCUUUUCUUAGCGAUAACACACCGAAUAAACUCAUCUCCCAUCAACGGAUCAUGGUCCAGGGUGCGUGCGGUGUAGCAGUGACAUCAUGGUGGUGCAUGGCCAGCCUGCGUUUCUAGACAAACAUCUCCAGCAGCAUGUGUUACACCGCGAAAAACGAACGAGUUGACGCGGCAACAACAAACAGCAGAAGAAAUGAUUCGUGUGUCUAUGCCCAUUGUGAUAGCAACUCG